GCUCGUCUGCGCCGCCGCGAUCUAGCGGUGGGGCAGACCGCAUCAGCGCCCUCGCCGACGAACUGCUCCUCCUGGUCCUCGCCCGCCUCCGCUGCGUCCGCACCGCCGCGCGGGCCAGCGUCCUCUCCAGCCGGUGGCGCGGCCUCUGGACCCGCCUCCCGUCGUUCGUCUUCCGCGACGUCGCCCUGCCCGCCCUCGCAGCGGUUCUCCACCGCGUGGCCUCCGACAACGUGGUGUCCCUCUCCCUGCUCGACAUUGACGUCCCCCAGCGAGACAGGUCGCCCAGCUGGGCGGCGCCGCACGGCAGGGUCUCCUCGUUGCUGUGCGCCGCCGCACGGCUCUCGCCGGAGCGGCUCGUCCUCGCCCUCCCGUGGGACGCGGCCGCGCCGCACGAGAAGGUCGAGCUGCCGCGGUUCCAGCGCGCCACCUCCAUCACGCUCUCUACGCCAUCCUUGGUGAUCCUCCGCGCGCGGGCCGUGGGCCAGCUCUCGGCGCUUACAACGCUCGUACUCUCCGGCUGCACCGCCGACGCCCUCGACGACCUGGUCCCCCGCUGCCCGCGCCUGCGCGUGCUCAGGUUCUCCGGCACAGUUGCCUGCUACACCGGCAUCACCGUCGACACUAUCAUGGUCUGCUCGCGCUCGCUGCAGGAGCUCGUGCUCAACGUGGAGGGCCACACAAGGGUGCGCGGCAUCGUGGUCGCAACACCCAUGCUGGAGCAACUAACCGUGGCCUCCCGCGUCGGAGACAACCUCUGCGUCUCCGUCCUGGCGCCCAUGGCGGGCAAUGUCUCAUGGCACUGCCGUUACGGCAGCGAGUCACCGGGGUUGGGAAGCUGGACGCUUGAGAGAGUGAGCUUGGUGAUGUCGCCGCCGGCGACACGACUAGCUCCAGUGCUGCAGAUACAACUACUCAAGCACAGGGACCGUUUCUCGGAUUGGUUGUCGAUGCAAGAUACCUUUGCGGGUGAAGUGGAGAAACAUCUGCAGAUGCAGGUUGCAGCCGAUUUAUCUGUCUUCGACUUGGAGCUGCAUCUUGCACCUUUGGGCCAUGUCUAUGGAGCACUCGCGUCUUUCUUCCUCGGGAUUCAUAGGAUUCGUGACGCCAUACAUAGGCUCAAGGUUGUCCUGCCAGAACCCAAGUUACACACGGACAAGGUGAAAUGCGAAGAAGAAUAUUGCGGCUGCGAGCCCGACGACGACUGGACAUGCCAAACUAUCACGGUGCCGGAGCUUGAAGAAGUGGAAAUCGACGGUUUUCAAGGUGACGACCACGAGUUUGAGUUCCUCGAACAUCUAUUAAGAUGUGCGCCGAUGCUUACAAGAGUGAUCCUAAGGGUAUCGGGUGAGAACACGGGUACUAAUGACGCAAAAGUUCACGACUUCUCCAUGGAGCAUCCUUAUGUGGAAUGCCACUAUGUUGGGCACAGCUAGGAAUCAGACUACUGAUUCCUAAGCAUCCAUCAGACUAGGAUUCUACCGUUAGAUAUACAGAGUCUGGAUCGUUGGAUUUCUCCCACAAACUGUGCACCUGAGGUUAUUUCCCGCUAAUGCAGCCAUUAAUUGCUUCCUAAAGGAAAGUACUCUCCCGAAAAUCACUCAUGAAAUAACUGCUUCCAGUUUAUUUUUCACUGCUGUGUAUCAUUCCCUCUUAUUUUCGUGAGAAUAUAUCCACAAUAUUUUUGUUUCAGUAAAGUUUGCUUCCCAUG